AUGUACAGGAAUGACACCAACCUGACUGGCUGAGGGAGAGAGAAGAUUUCUCAUUAAUGUAGCCUAAUUAAUUGUAUUUUAUUUAUUUAACUAGACAAGUCAGUUAAGAACAAAUUGUUAUUUACAAUGACGGCCUGCCCUGGACGAAGCUUUGGCCAAUUGUGCACCACUCAAUCACGUCCGGAUGUGAUACAGCCUGGAUUCGAACCAGGUUACUGCCUCUGAGAUUAAGUGAGAUGCAGUACCUUAGACCGCUGCGCCACUCGGGAGCCCCUUAUGCUACACACUUGGAACAAAAACCUUGUAUCAAAAACAGUUAGUUAUUGAUUGUUUGAUUAUGUGUGUACUUGAUGUGGACUCGAGACCCCGUCAUUCUCCCUCCGUAAAACACUCCCUAAUAAAAUAUCGCGUCACUUCCUUGCCAAUCCCUUAGAAAAAGAAAUAUUAGAAAGGGCCGAACGACGCUGGGAAAAAGCGAGAAGCCAGAAGAGAAGAUAAAGAAGAAAAGCCCGAUGAAAAGAGGUAUAGUGAGGCGGGAGGAAGCGAAACACGAGCGUAAUCAAACUGUCAUGCCACUCCACAAGUCGUCCCACAAGGCGCCUCGCCUGGACCCCACCAUGAUCUCAGCUCCGCUGGGGGACUUCCGCCACACCAUGCACAUCGGGAGGGGAGGAGAUGCUUUCGGUGACACCUCCUUCCUGGCUACCGUCGGCCCCAGCCCUGACCCUGGGUCUCCGGGUGCCACGGCAACAAACGACUCAAUGGCGCCCGUUGAUUCUAAGACGCCACUUAACCACACUGAUGAUGUCACAGAUGGCUUCGGGAGCACACUGAACAGUGAGCUUCAGCAUUCCGAGUCGGUGUCGUCUUUCACACUCGAUAUGGAUUUCGACCUGGGCCCAUCCAUCAUGGGUGACGUGCUAGGGGUGAUGGAUGGACUGGGGCUGGACUCAGACUGGACUAGGACUCGCGCUAAUGAGGAAGACGUCUUCAGUCCAAGCAAAAGUCUUGUCGUUGAAGUGGAGAAUUUUAAAAUCCCGGCGGAGGAUCAGUCUGUCAGCAUAAGGAACGAGCUGAAUGAGAAGAAGCUUUUAGGGAUCGAGGAGGAUGAGGUGGGAGAUGGAAGGAUAAUAGAGGGGACUGGAGGGAUCAAGGCCAAAGGCCAGAGGCCGAAGGUGAGAUUCAGCGACAAACGAGAGGAGAUCAUUCGCCAAGCGUCAGAGGAGGAAGGUCAGGGGUUAGAUGUUGAGGAAGAGCGUGUGAGUCCCACCGAGGAAGAUCGAGAGAGAGGGAACAACAUCAUCAGUGUGUCAAUCGCGGGAAUAGAGGUACAGCCCACCAAUCACAAGGCGGAUUCACCUUCCAGUCCCGCCUCCUCACACAGCUCAGAGUAUGAGGGUGUCACCCCAUUGGACAGGAGGAGGGUUGACAACUGUCACUCAGAGACUGAUUCUGAGGAAGAGGAAGGGGGAGACAAUGGACGGGGCUACACAUUUGAAGAUGAGUUUGAUGAUGAAAUCGGCCUAUAAGAGUGCUACAGGGCACCUUACGUCAAUCAAUCAGAGGAUAAAAUGGUUCCUCGUUGGUUGUGAACUAUGUACAGUUUACUUCCUCUAUGCAUUCUGCAAAUUAUCAUUCAAAACGGAGGUUUAAGCAAAGCUAAGUAUUUCAGAACAACAACUGGAUAUUUGAAGAGUCUCUGUUGAUAUGUUUUUGGGACCAAAUUGCUCCUUUGGAUCCUCAGUCAUAGACAUGCAGUUAGUAAACAGUUACUACAGGAUCUUAUAAUAUAAGCUCCAAUUAAUGGACAGAAAACAUUUGACCUUUGAAAUAGCCACCUAUGUAUUGACAUCAGAUUUGAAAUGCUACAUUUUUAAUAGACACUGUACUUCAAUUUAUUAUGUCUCAAUUGAAAAUACAAAGAAUAGCCUAAUAUUGUUUUAGGCCAAGCAGGUUUUCAGUGAAUAAAUAGCCUAGUUUGCAGCACUUUAAUUCAUUUCAAGAAACUGGAAGCUUUACUGUUAAAUCAGUGCUCAGUAAAAGAUAAUGACAGUUUUUUUAAAUGACAAUGAUUGAUUAAGGCAAAUUGAAAUGUUUUAACUAACAUGUUUUAGUUUUUACCAGGUCAAAGGUGUUUCUUAAGAGAAAGUGCAUAUGAUACAGAAAGACUUGUAUCUUAUGCUGAAGGUGCCUGAAAGGGAGUCGUUGUUCAUAUCCCUGUGCUUUAACUCACCAUAGCCAUGUCUUCCUUCUUUAUGUUGUAUUUUCAUAUCAUGUAUUGCUCAGAGCAAAUUGCUUUGUUGUCCGUUUUGCAUUGCAUCUUAAUGCUCUUUAGAAACAAACUAAAUGAACCAGCCUUUAUGACAAAUAUAUAAUUAUUUGCCACCUGUUUCUCCACCUAAUUAAUGGAAAGUUUUGUUUUUUUUCAGAGCGAUUUUAUUGUUAAAUGCCACUGGGUUAUUCCACAAAAUGAGUCCUUUUUUGGUAGUGUAACUUGGUUAAAAAUAUAUAUAUUUUAGCACAUUUUCAACUUAAUAAAACAUGUUUUCCCAUUUCGAGGUUAAAGUAACAGGGUUGACUGUAACAGGGUUAAUGAUUUCAUCUUAAAUCAGCCAUAAAUCCCCUUGUGACAGGGGGAAUGGAAGCUUGUUGCGUGCAACAGGGAGGGGCAAUUGAAUGCCAGGUUCACAACAUUUUAUUACAUUAAACAUUAUUAGCCUGUAGCAAUGGGGUAGCAGGGUUGACGAGUUAAAGCUCAACCCACUCAGUUUUCCACCACAACACCAGAAAAUGUCCAAAAAGAGUAGAACCAGCUCACCUGCGUUUGCACUAAAAAUCUUCCGAGAGGUCAGUGCAAAGAGGGACAUGUCGAUGCUGAAUGUUAUUCAUAUAAAAAAAAAUCUGAUAUAUACAAUUUACCAUGUGGUCUACUUCGUUUAAUAUAACAGGCUUUAAAAAUCUGAUAUAUACAAUUUACCAUGUGGUCUACUUCGUUUAAUAUAACAGGCUUUAAAAAUCCAAUUUUGGUGCACAAUUUCUACUUAAAAUAUCAAAGGAUACAAAAGCAACUAAUUUCAUGGAACAACCCUACUCUGUUUAUGGAUACCUCAUUUUAAGAUGAGCUUUAAUAUCUUUGGUGUUUUCAUUAAAUAAAUCUGUCAUUCCUAUUUUUUUUAAACGGUGAACUGUUCACAUUCCAAUAUUUUAAUUUCUCAAGUCUGAAUUUUUCUGACCUAAAUUACAUCCAAUGUAGGCCUAUUUUUAUUUUAAUGCAUUUAGCCUGUGUAGUCAAUUACAAAAGUUCUUUAGUAUUGAUUUGAACAACCACUGACAAUCUCUGAAAUCUCAUGUUUUGAAUUUCAGUUGCAAAGCAUGUAUGACCUUAUAAUUAAUGCUUCUUUUGGACCAACAUUGUACAAGGGGGUUGGGUUAAAUGCGGAAGACACAUUUCAGUUAUAUGCAUUCAGGUGCACAACUGACUAUCCCCCUUUCCCCUUACAAGUAAUGCUGUAGGGAGAAGAGGAGGGGGUCUGGAAAGAAUUGUCUCUGGACAUGUUCUUUAUCUCGUGAUGGAUCCUCUUGGAUAUGCUGGUUACUUCAAUAAACAUAUUUCUUUACAGCGUAA